GUUUCGAAGGUGAUACAGCGGGGCCAGCAUCGACGUGACUCGGGAGCCCACGCAGGGCGGGAGCCCACGCGGGGCUGGAUCCCCUCAAGGCACCGGGCGGAACAAGGGGUGGAGCUCGCGGGGGCCACGGGGCUUUCCAGGAUGGGGGACAGGCCCGAAGCCGUCACGGGAGGAGGGGACUUGGCAGGUCCAACGCAGUCCAGCUGACAAGGAUGGAAUACGCCAUGAAGUCCCUUAGCCUUCUCUACCCCAAGUCCCUCUCCAGGCAUGUGUCAGUGCGUACCUCUGUGGUGACCCAGCAGCUGCUGUCGGAGCCCAGCCCCAAGGCCCCCAGGGCCCGGCCCUGCCGCGUAAGCACUGCGGAUCGAAGCGUGAGGAAGGGCAUCAUGGCUUACAGUCUUGAGGACCUCCUCCUCAAGGUCCGGGACACUCUGAUGCUGGCAGACAAGCCCUUCUUCCUGGUGCUGGAGGAAGAUGGCACAACUGUAGAGACAGAAGAGUACUUCCAAGCCCUGGCAGGGGAUACAGUGUUCAUGGUCCUCCAGAAGGGGCAGAAAUGGCAGCCCCCAUCAGAACAGGGGACAAGGCACCCACUGUCCCUCUCCCAUAAACCUGCCAAGAAGAUUGAUGUGGCCCGUGUAACGUUUGAUCUGUACAAGCUGAACCCACAGGACUUCAUUGGCUGCCUGAACGUGAAGGCGACUUUUUAUGAUACGUACUCCCUUUCCUACGAUCUGCACUGCUGUGGGGCCAAACGCAUCAUGAAGGAAGCUUUCCGCUGGGCCCUCUUCAGCAUGCAGGCCACAGGCCACGUACUGCUUGGCACCUCCUGUUACCUGCAGCAGCUCCUCGAUGCUACGGAGGAAGGGCAGCCCCCCAAGGGCAAGGCCUCAUCCCUCAUCCCGACCUGUCUGAAGAUACUGCAGUGAAAGCCCAAGUCCUUGGAAGCUUUCCCCAGUGAAGGACUAGACUGGGGGCCUCACGCUUAACUGGUAGUGCCCACAAGCCUGGCAGCUGUAGAGCCGCGAACCUCCCCACACCUCCCUCACCGCGCAGGACCCUGAGUGAGGAGGAGGGGCUGGAAACCUGGGGUGGGUUGGCCAAAGGAGAACCUCAAGCUCCUGGCCUGAUCCAGCUCCUUCCUGCCCAAGGCAGCUUAGCCCAUCCAGACUGGUCCUGAAGUGUGCCCCUCCAUUGGCAUGAAGUCUGCCCCUUAGCAAUCCGGCCUCGCAGGCUGUACUUUCAUGGUGCUCUCUACCUUCUGGCCCCCAUCCCGGAACAUUCCUGAGUGAAUUCGCAAGCGCACUAGCAUGUGAUAUUAGGGAGUUUGCAAUAAAUUAUUGAGGCUGAUGUA